AUGUCACCAGCGCUCGAGAGGGGCUUGCGCGCCGUGGCGAGGGGGACCCGCGUAUCGGGGACGAUCAAGGCCGACGUUGUCAUCAGCACGGGGGGAGGCACCUGCGCCUUCCAGCUCCACACCAACUUCAGCCACGGCCACGUCGCAGAGGCCUUGCACCAAAAGCUUCGUCUCGACCAUCCGCACCGAGGCAUUCUCGCGGAGCUCCUGAGGGGCUUGGGCGUGCCGGAUUGGCGGCAAGAGGCGGACCUGCUGCUGGACGCGUUCGGCUCUAUCAGCACGUUAAUUUUCUUCCGUCCCUAA